AGUAUCGAAUAAAAUUUAUUUUAAACAUUUCAGUCAAAAUUCGAAAUUGUUUUUUGAAAAAAUAAAGUGAAACCGUCAAUGGCUUGUGACGUCAAACAACCAAAACACAAGACAAGUUACCGCAGUUUACCGAAGUUACCGAAGUUACCCGAAGCCUCGCCGCCUUGGUUUCGGCCUUGCUCUUGCCCCCGGAUGGAUGGUUGGAAUUAAUGAUUAUUUUGUUAACCCCUGAAGUUGGACGCAAGAGCCAAGCUGCUACGCGCCCUAAACCAAAACAACAACAACAACUUUACCCCUGAAAAAUUCCCAUUCGGUUUUUCCCCGCGUCACGCGUGCACACCUGUGGGCUGUGAACACAAGUAAGCAGGUGGCUUUGUAGCAGCUCUGCAGCCUCAUAGUCCCUGGCCUGUCAUGAGUCGCAUCAUCCGCUCCUGUCGCUCGGUCGGUGCUGCAUCGGCCAGGCUGGGCCAGCAUGAGGCGACACCGGCCAUCGCUAGUUACCAGCGCCGCCACCUGAGCGGGCAGCAGGCGCCGCAGCGACCACAGGGCUUCAUAGGCAAACUGAUUGACAACAUCAAACAGGAGUAUGAAAAGAAUAAAGAGAUGAAGGAGAGCCUCGAGAAGUUCAAAAAGGAGGCGGAGAAGCUGGAACAGUCCGAGGCACUCAAGAAGGCCCGUGAAAAGUACGAACGGUUGGAAUCAGAAACUGGCGAAGGGUCGAAGCUUGUUCAGGAGAGACUGGCUUCCCUCAAGAAGAAACUGGGGGAAACGAUUGACGAGGCGCAAAAACUGGAGCUGAUCAAAAAAGCCACCCAGCUGACGGAGGCGAUGAACAGACAGGCGCGUCAGACGGCAGAGGGCCUGGCCGAGAAGGGCGAGAAGCUCGGAAAGUCGGCCACCUUCCAGACCCUCUCUGACACGGCGCGCGCGGUCAAACAGGAGAUCGACGACAGCACCAUCGGCAGCCCGGGCGUGUACCGGGCGCCCAAGGUUCUCCGGAAGCGGAAGAGUGACGCUCCAGCGGCAGAGGACGACCGCGUGGUGGCCGCUGACUCGGAGACGACCGGUGUUGAGCUGCACAAGGACUCGCGCUUCUACGCCAGCUGGCAGAACUUCAAGGACAAUAACGCGUACGUACAUAAAGUGAUGGACUGGAAGACGAAAUACGACGAGAGCGACAACGCAGUGCUGCGAGCCUCCAAGCUGCUGACGGAGAAAGUCAGCGACAUCAUGGGCGGCCUGUUUCAGCGGACAGAGCUCUCCGAGGUCCUCACAGAGAUCUGCAAGAUGGACCCGACGUUCGAGAAGGACGCCUUUCUGCGCGACUGCGAGCACGACAUCAUCCCGAACAUCCUGGAGGCGAUGAUUCGCGGCGACCUGGACGUGCUGCAGGACUGGUGCUACGAAGCCACCUUCAACGUGCUGGCGCAGCCGAUCCGCACGGCGCGCCAGCUCGGCUACCACUACGACUCCAAGGUGCUGGACGUGGACAAUGUGGACCUGGCCAUGGGCAAGAUGAUGGACCAGGGCCCGGUGCUCAUCAUCACGUUCACCUCGCAGCAGAUUCUCUGUGUGCGGGACGCUAAGGAGAACGUGAUCGAGGGCGACCCGAACAAGAUCAUGCGGGUGAACUACGUGUGGGUGUUGUGCCGCGACCAGACGGAGCUGGACCCGCGCGCCGCCUGGCGACUGCUCGAAUUAUCCGCCAGUAGCACCGAGCAGCUGGUAUAGCGGGACCGGAUGUGUCGCACCCAGGGUAUGUGUGUGUGAUAAAGGGCCGCCGACAGUGGUCUGUCCUUAGGUAAUCAUCGGUCAGGUGUCUCCAAUAGGAGGUUCGGAGCUGCCGACGGGGUGCCGUCACUCCGGCCAACCGCAGUGCAAUGUCCGCAGCGGUGCCUCGCCGCUGUACCGUGUUAUUACGCGCGUGUGGAGGCUUACCUGAGGGCGACCUGUGCGGGGCGCGCUCGCGGUGGCUCGGGCGUUCUCAUCUCCCGCACCGCGAGCGGGGCCGGGGGUAGGGGUCGAGCCGCGCCAACGCGACAGAAGCAGUGUCUGUGACUCGUGUCUGUAGGGCAUGUAUGUGCGUAAGGGGAGAUAUGAUCGCAUUGACCAUAGAAUGUUCUGCCCAACUGACUGACAAAUAUACUGAUACAUGUUAUUUGUAAA